AUGACCAAGUUGCGACGUGGCGAUACUGGCGAUGCCGGCGAAACGUCUGGGAAUGUACCACGUCCACGGUCCUACUCUGGAAACGAUGCUGCAGACAAUGGACCCCGGACUAGGUGCGUUCCAAUAAGUCUUUCUACCAAUAUGACCAGUUUCGAAAACAGCAUACAAUGGACUCAGGACAAGGUGCGUUUCUAUCAGUCUUCCUACCAUUAUGACCAAGUUGCGAAAACGAGGUCAAACAACUUCCUUACUAUACAUGCUUUGUAG